GCGCACACGCCCCCUGAGCGCGCGCCACGCUCACGUUUUACCGAUAGAACUGUGUUUGCGUCCGAAGUGAAGAAGGAGCUCGAGCUGCGGAGGAUUCCCUGAGAACAUGUUCGAUUAUGUGGAGUUUCAGUCGUUCGCGCCCGGAGUCAUCAUGGACCUGUACCGCUCAUCCAGCCCCGUGUGCGCACUGCAGGACCGGGACCAGGACCGGGACCAGGACCGGGAGCAGGACCGGGACCGGGAGCAGGACCAGGACCUGGCAGCCUUCUUCCCCGAGCUGAUCGAGUCGGACUGGCAGCAGCACCGGUGCUCACAGUCAGUGGGCAGUCAGAGCUCCAGCUCCAGCUCGGACGACCUCUUCGCCAGCCCCACCUCCCCGCCGCCGCCCCCCCGCACGUACAAGCCCUGUUUCGUGUGUCAGGACAAGUCGUCCGGGUACCACUACGGGGUCAGCGCCUGCGAGGGCUGCAAGGGCUUCUUCCGCCGCAGCGUGCAGAAAAACAUGGUGUACACGUGUCACCGCGACCGAAACUGCAUUAUCAACAAGAUCACCCGGAACCGCUGCCAGUACUGUCGGCUGCAGAGGUGCUUCGCCGCCGGGAUGUCGAGGGAGUCGGUGAGAAACGACAGGAUCAGGAGGAAGGGGAAGAAGGAGGCGGUGAAGAUGACCAUCAUGGAGACGUACGAGCUGACGUCGGAGCUCGGCCUGAUCGUGGAGAAGAUCUGCAGAGCGCACACGGAGACCUUCCCCGCCCUCGGCCAGCUGGGAAAAUACACAACAAACUCCAGCUCCGACCACAGGAUCCAGUUGGACCUCGGCCUGUGGGACAAGUUCAGCGAGCUCGCCACCAAGUGCAUCAUCAAGGUCGUGGAGUUCGCCAAGCGAGUGCCGGGUUUCACCGGCCUGACCAUCGCCGACCAGAUCACUCUGCUCAAAGCCGCGUGUCUGGACAUCCUGAUCCUGAGGAUUUGCACUCGCUACACCCCCGACCAGGACACCAUGACCUUCUCCGACGGCUUGACCCUGACCCGCACUCAGAUCCACAACGCCGGAUUCGGGCCGAUCACAGAUCAGGUUUUCACUUUCGCCGGACAGCUGCUGCCGCUGGAGAUGGACGACACGGAGAGCGGGCUCCUCAGCGCCAUCUGCCUCGUCUCUGGAGACCGACAAGACCUGGAGGAGCCGUUGAAGGUGGAGGUGCUGCAGGAGCCGCUGCUGGAGGCGCUGAAGAUCUACUCCCGCAAGCGGCGACCCAGCAUGCCCCUCAUGUUCCCCAAGGCUCUCAUGAAGAUCACCGACCUGCGCAGCAUCAGUGCCAAAGGUGCUGAGAGGGUGGUGACGCUAAAGAUGGAGAUCCCAGGCUCCAUGCCACCUCUGAUAGAGGAGAUGCUGGAGGAUCUGCAGAACCUGGAGGAGCACCAGAAGAAAGUCUCGGAGGAGAGCUGAGCAGAACACAAACACACAUACAAACACACACACACACAGACACACACAGACACACUCUGGUUUCUCGCUCCGAAGCUGCUCAAAGAACAAUACGUCGUCUUCCCCCUGAGAGAAGCCGCUCACUUGAUAAGGUGCAGAUGCAGGUGAGAGUCUGACCUCAGGGUUUGGUCAGUGAACGUGAACAGACUCCUCAGCAGACGUCAUGGGAAACAACAGAGAACGAUGCAGUAAUGUUUUUAAUCAGUUUCAUUUUUAACACCUCGUAACCACUGAUCUGCUUUUUUUCUGUAUUUAUAUUUGCAUGGAUUCAUUUUUGUCUGAUUAGGUAACAAUGUCUUUAGCAUUAGUCUCGUAAAGAUGGUGAACAUAUGGAAUUUUAGCUUUUUACAAACUGUGAAUAUUUGUACCCGAUGUUUUUUCUUCACGUUUGUAAAAACAAAAGGGAAAUUUAGCUUUUUACUCGUAAGAGUGAAUGUUCAUCAGAAUCAGUAUUUUAUUGCCAAGUAGGUUUACACCUACAAGGAAUUUGCUUUGGUUCUUGGUGCAUACAAUGAACAUAGAAACAUAAAACGCAUCAACGGUAAUGGCAUCAACAGAGUUCACAAGCAGAUGAAGCUGAGUUGACGCCUGAAACGUCAAAUUUAAUUACAAAAGAACCCUGAAAAUACAACGAAUUAAUACUUAAAAUACAGAAUUGUUGUCAACUCUUGUGCAGGGUUGUGCAUUUUGCUGGAAAUCUCUGUCUCAAGUAAGAAAAAGGCUUUAGAAUAGAAAAUGUAUACAUGCUACAGCUGAACCUGUCACGCUGGGUUCGAACAAAUUGAAAUGAUAUUGUGCUUGGGGUUGGGUUCUAAUCUACGUGAUUGUUUAUAUUGAACAUGCCUGUAAUCAAGAAAUACACCAGCUGGACACAAAAAAACGGCUUCGGCUAAUAAUGUCUUUGACUCAAUACAAUGAAUGUUUUCUACAUUUAAAAACAAUUUUAAUUUAAGAAAAAAGCCAAUUUCUGAAGCGCAUCAGUGUUUGAUGCCUCCUCAAAGAGAGCUGUAAUAAAAUAAUGUGAAAUGAUUAUAAUAAUAACAGCAGUUUUAUUAAGAAAGUAUCUGAUCACAGGAGACAAAGGAUUAUGGGUAAUGUGGUUUUCUGAAGUGUGAGAAAACACAAAUCUACAUAUUCGGCAUCAUCAUAUAAUAGAUUUUAGCAAAGCAGGUGUAAAAUAUCAAAUGGACUCAAUGACUUUUGUGCCGUAAAUAAGAAUGUUUUAUGGAAAAGAAUGAAAUAGUAUUGUGUGAAUUAUUCAUUUAGAAAUUACAAAGUCAGCAUCUUAUGUACUGUAACACCUCAUCUGUGCCUACUACAAAAAACAUGUCUAUGAUUUUUAAAAUGUUUGCAAAUUUAUCAACCUGGAAAUGUGAAUGUCUUCAUUUUUCUCCACCUUGUCUACUGCUGUAUAGUAUAACUACUGUGUGUACAUAUUAUAUCUACGAUCAUCAUUUAUCACGACGCAUUCAUUUGUUAUAAUACUAAACAGAU